AUGCCCUACAAACUCACCAACAGAAACGUUCUCGUCACAGGUGGAACCCGAGGAUUAGGCGAAGUCAUCUCUCUCAAAUUUGCGGCGGAGGGUUGUAAUGUUGCUAUUAACUAUGUUUCUAGUGGGAAGAAGGCGCAGGAAAUGAAGGAGAAGAUGGAGAGGGAGUGGGGAAUCAAGGUUAUUUGUUUGAUGGGUGAUAUGAGUCAAGAAUCCGAUUGCAUUUCUGUUGUGAAAGAAACAAUCAAGGAGUUUGGAGGGCUGGACAUUAUUAUAUCAAAUGCUGGCUAUACACGGUUCUCAACAUUCUCCGAUCUUUCAGCUCCUACCCCGGAUGAUUGGCAAAAAUGCUAUGCUACAAAUGUGGUAGCUCAGUCUAUCUUGUUGAGAGAGGCAUUGCCUACCUUUCAGGCGAACGAUGAGGGAGGAGUAUUCAUCAUGACGAGCAGUAUUGCAGGUGUCAUUGCUGGGGGCAGUUGCAUGCCAUAUUCCGUGACAAAAGCCGCACAAUUACAUUUGAUGAAAUGUUUGGCUGCUACCCAGGGACCAAAAGUAAGAGUCAAUGCCGUAUUGCCGGGCUUGGUACUUACAGAAUGGGGAAGGACAUACUCGGAGGAAGAUCAGGAGAAAUUGAAGGAUAAAGCAUACUUGAAACGGGUGACGGACAUCGAAGAUUGUGCUCAGGCAUUCGUGGAUAUUGCGAAGAACAGCAGCAUGACAGGACAGAAAAUACAAGUUGAUUCUGGACUUGCACAGAAUGUGUGA